UCGGUCCAUCGGCAACUACCCGCAGUAUCAGUAUACGUUUCUUCAACCACCGUUCUUAAUCGUAGACCUAAAAAAAGAAAAAAAAAAAAGAAAUGUCCAUUAAUGUACUGCUGCUGUGUUUAAUCGCGGGAUGCGCUUUGGGGAGCAUCGAGGCAGGUGGUGACGGAGGCUGGCAAGGGGUAGCAAGCAGCGGCGGUUACGAUUCCGGACACGGCAUGGAAUUAGGACACGUAUCAGGGGGAGGACUGUACGAUAGUUUGUCUAGUUACGGUUCCGGUUAUGGUUCUUACGGGGGCGGGGGUUACGAUCAUGGAUUGCACGGAGGACACGUGCAGCAUCACUAUGCACCAGCUGUGCCAGUAAGCGAGCACAUCGAAGUGACGAAACCUAUACCGAUACCAGUCGUUAAAAACGUCGGUGUACCGGUCGCUCACCCGGUGGCGAUAGCAGUGCCACAUCCGGUGGCGGUGGGCGUACCACAGCCAUAUCCGGUUCACGUACCGGUACCAAAGCCGGUCGCCAUUCCAGUGGUGAAGACAAUCGCGAUACCGGUCGAGAAGAAGGUGCCGUACCCUGUGGAGAAGGUGAUACCCGUUCCGGUAGAGAAACACGUGCCCAUACCUGUGGAAAAGCACAUACCUGUGCCGGUGGAAAAACCUUACCCCAUUCACGUGCCGGUUUACAAACACGUGUUCCAUCGGGUGAAGUCUUACGGCCACGGUUGGAGCCAUUAACCGAUUGCGUCAGGGCACCGCCAAAGGAUGCACGCUUACAAGACACGCCUGCGAAUGGAAACAGAAUGCAAUAAAUUCAUCGUGUGUGGCGUUAUGCACGCAUGAAGAUUUUGAUUCGCUUUCUUGAAAGCUCACGAUACUAGAACGCUUCGUCUUUAUUCGAAUCGAAGAGAUCGACGAAGCGUCGACACUUCAUACAAAGAUGAAAGAAUGUCACUGAUAGUUAUUUAUGUCUGUAUGUUUGUUUGUUUUG